CCAGUCUCUAUCUAUCUGUGUAUGGCUACCAUCCGCCCACCCAUCCCCAUCGGUGUGGGCAUCAACCCACCCCCCAGUGAGUGUCUCUCAGCUACGUCCGUCAGCCGCUACCUGUGUAUCGCUAUCUAUCUAUCGCUCGGUCGCGUGUGGGUCGGAGUGUGUGUGCGUGUCAGUUGUCCUGUUCGCCCUCGCCCUCGUCGAGUUUGGGUGCCAGGUAGAAGCACAGGCUGCCGGCGUUGUCACGGUUGUCCAGCAACGUGUACUUGACGCGCACAGGGGUGCCCUCGUUCAUGCCUACACACACACAUGGAUGGAUGGAUGGAUGGGUGCGUGUGGAGUUCAUUGCAGGCACACGUGGCGUGUGCUCACUGAGUUCGACGAAGUCCGUGAGGGGUGUGGCACGUGUGAAGUAGUUGAGGUACCGCAGGGCGAACGACAACUCGACCGCCUCCUUGACCACAACCGUCACGUUCUCGGAUUGCUGAACAGACGUCCACACAACACCAUGCACCAGUGUGUGUGUGUGUGUGUGUGGAGUGGGGACGGUCCAUUUGAAUCUCACGUUUUCGUCCUUCUUGGCCUUCUUGGGUUUGAGGAAGACCUCCCCCUCGCCGACGUCGCCCUGGACCGAAAACGUGAUGCCGUUCCUAUUGCACGAUAUCUUGACUGAAGGAACGAAUCACACCAGACACACCAGACAGACAGACAGACAGAGAGACAGACAGAGCGAGCGUGGUGGGCAUGUAGGUCUAUGAGCGUGGUGUGUGGUGUGUGUUGUGUCGAUUCCGUCUGACUGGUGUCGCCGAAUCCCGCCAUGUCCCUGCAGAUGCGCUGGAAGUCGCUGGCGGGUAUCUUGGCGGUGCACUGGUAGUCGGUGUCCUGAGGGAGGCCGAGCUGCUCGGUCUCGAUGUCCAUGAGCUUCAUCUUGAUGCGGCUGCUGCGGUCGGGCUUCCAGCUGUCCUUGCGGAUUUUCUCGUCCACGUUGGCCAGGGUCUCCUUCUCGUCGUCAUCGCCGUCAUCUAGGUCGUCGUCGUCGUCAAACUCCAACUCGUUCGUCUCUGCACGCACGCACAGACGGACACACAUCAAUGUCACACCCAUGUGUGCCGCGUCUUGUUUCUCUCUCCCUCGCUGUGUAUGUGUGGGGGGGUGUGAUGCGAUGCGCACGGACGCACCUCCGUCCUCCAUCUUGACGUCUUUGGUGCUGGGCUUGCUCUUGCCCUCGUCCUCAUCCAUCUUGUCCUCCUCCUACAACACAACACAACACAACACAACACACACAGGAAUCAAGCGCCCAUAAACAAAUCGGCGCCCGCUCCCGUGUCGACCCGUCCGUCCAUCUUACUUUCUCGUCGGCAUCCUCGUCCUUGACAUCGUCGUCCUCGUCCUUCUCGUCCUCGCCGUCCUCACCCUUGUCCUUCUUGGCCUUCUUCUUGCCGCCCCCCGUUUUGCUCACGGUCGGCUUCUUGCGGCAGUCCUUCUUCUUGUCGGCCUCUAUCUGCCGCAGCCUGGCGCGCACCAGCUGGCUCGGGGUGUCGAAAACGAACUCCACGUAGUCGGUGUCGGGGUGGGCCAGGAGCGUCAAGCGGUCCUCGCUGCCCAUCAGACGCAGGAUCUUGGUCACGUUGGCCAUGCUGCUCACACACACGCACACACACACACACAGAGGGAGAGGGAUGGGCGUGUGCAAUGUUCGAAUGCGAGUGUGGGUGUCGGUUUGGUGUUGUGUGUGUGGGUGGUGUGUGUGGUGUGGUGUGGUGUGGUGUGGUGUGUGUGGUGCGGUCACCGACAUACUUGAAUCCGAGGACGUAUUCCUUGUCGCAUCUAUAGCGUUUGAAGCAGGAGGAUGAGUCCAUGGCGUUCAUCUCCAACACUACCAGCGACACGUGGCUGCUGUCCAUCGCCUGCAAACGGAUCCCAGUCGAACCUGCACAAAACACACACACGCACACACACACACACACAUACCCACACGCACAUUUCGCAAGUGUGUGUGGAAUUGUCCCUCCCGCUGCUGCUCACUGAGCGUGAAGUUGACGUCGGUGCACAGCUCCUUGACCGCAUCGAAGAUCUUCUUCAGGAUGACGCCCUGCGAUAUGACCGCCUCGAACAUGAUGCUGCUGCGGCUGCUACUGCAGGGCUGCCCGAGGAAACGCCACCGGCAGAUGCACAAUGACCGAUGACACGAUCGCUACUGCGAAUUCGCCACAAAACGA